AUGGGCGCUUUUCCCUGGCAUGGUCGUGGCCCCGUUGUUGCGCUUCCCCCGGGGAUGCGCUGUAUGAGCUCCAAUUUAUACAAGAUACCGACUCUGGCGAAGAACAAUACAUGUUCAUCCCUCAGAGGUGCCCGGUCAGACUAUAGACAGCUCCAGCGCUUCUCUACGUCACGUACAUCCCAAAAUGGAGCUUUGGAUCGAACCCGGAAUAUCGGCAUCAUCGCCCAUAUCGAUGCGGGCAAAACCACUACUACCGAGCGCAUGUUAUUCUAUAGUGGCUUCACUCGGCGCAUUGGUGAUGUUGACGAAGGCUCAACCGUGACCGACUUCCUUCCCGCCGAGCGCGCUCGCGGCAUCACUAUCCAGUCGGCUGCCAUCACAUUCCAUUGGCCUCCCGGGGAGGUAGAUGAAACGUCAGGCCCGCAGACUGGGGAGCAGAACGAGAAAGCUCCACGGUCUAGCUACCCGCACACUAUUAACUUGAUUGAUACCCCUGGCCACGCCGACUUCACAUUCGAAGUCAUGCGGUCUUUGCGCAUCCUCGACGGCGCUGUCUGCAUAUUGGAUGGUGUUGCUGGCGUCGAAGCGCAGACAGAGAAAGUUUGGAAUCAGGCGAGCACGUAUCGAAUUCCUCGGGUAAUUUAUGUCAACAAGCUAGACCGUGAUGGCGCUGCAUUUGGCCGGACGGUGCGAGAAGUCAGCACUCGCCUGGGUGUCUAUCCAGCAGUCUGCCAGAUUCCGUGGUUCCAUGGAGGCAACGGUCCCUUCGUUGGCGUGGCGGAUGCGAUCAAUCUCCAGGGGCUACGAUGGAAGGAAGGCGAGGAUGGCCGCACAGUGAAGAUGUCCAACCUUGAGCAACUGGAGGCAGAAGAGCCGGCCCUGGCAGCAGAGCUGCGACGGGCUCGGAUCGCCCUAGUCGAGCUGCUUAGUGAGCACGAUGAAGACAUCGUUGAAAAGUUCUUUGAGUGUGAAGAAGAUCAUCUCGCGGUCUUGCCGGCUGAUAUCAUUGCGAGCUUGCGCCGGUGCGUAUUGGAUCAAAGCAGUCGGAUCGUCCCUCUAUUCGCAGGUGCCAGUUUCCGGAACAUGGGUGUCCAACCAUUGCUGGAUUCUGUCGUGAACCUUCUUCCUAGUCCGCCGGAAGCACCUGACCCGGAAGUUAGCAUCAGUGGUGUCAAAGGAGGUCUUCGGGACCUGCUGUCGGGCGACUUGAUCGUCGAGCAGAGCAAGAAAGCAUCCGUACCAGCUAAAGGGAAGCAACCGAAGAGAAAGCAUGGGGCCCUGCAAAGCAGCUCAAGGGACGCGAUCAGCAAACUUCAGAGCUGUGCAUUGGCGUUCAAAGUCGUCAACGACGCGAAGAGAGGAGUCCUGGUCUAUGUCCGGGUAUACUCCGGUUCUCUAGAUCGCAACAGCCUGCUCUACAACACAAACCUGCAGAUAUCCGAGCGAGCUCCACGACUGCUGAAGAUGUACGCCAAUGAUGCCGUGGAAGUGGAUUCAAUUCCCGCCGGCCACAUCGGAGUCGUAGUCGGGCUCAAACAAACCCGAACUGGCGAUACCCUCGUGUCAUACUCCGGAAACAAAGCUACUCCCCCGGAACCACUGAUAAGCCUCCAACUCCGACCAAUUGCCGUCCCACCACCAGUAUUCUUCACCAGCGUUGAGCCGCACAGCCUAAGCGAAGAGAAGCGCAUGCACGAAUCACUCGCCCUUCUCCUCCGCGAAGACCCCAGUCUCCAUGUCAGUGUAGACGAAGAAUCAGGCCAGACCCUGCUAAGCGGCAUGGGUGAGCUACACCUCGAAAUCGCCCGUGACCGACUUAUCAACGAUCUCAAAGCCAAAGCCUCAAUGGGUCGCAUCGAGAUCGGCUACCGAGAAUCCACACUCGGCAUCUCCAAGCCCAUAACGAAACUCUUCGACAAGGAAAUCGCCGGUCGAAAGGGCAAAGCAUGCUGCACAGCAGUCGUAGAGCCCCUAGACGAACAAUCCACUCCCCAAGAACAAGACGAAGCCACCCUCCUCGACGAAACCUACGACGGCAACCAAAUCAUCGUGCGCGCCCCAGGCCUCCAAAUCGACCGUUCCUCCCGCACCGACGAAGAAACAAGCCCCUUCCUCCCACCAGGCAUGGACACCGUCACGUUCCGCACAGCGCUACAGAACGGAGCCAUGGCAGCUCUCGCCCGCGGGCCCCAAUUCACCUUCCCGAUGCACAACACCCGCGUGACACUGACCAUAAACCCAGCCACGGAUCUCUUCGGCAACGAAACAACGACUUCCGCUCUAUCCUCCGCCGCACGUCAAGCCACCGCAGCCGCGCUGCAGGAUGUGCAGUUUGGCGCGGGGACGACGAUGAUGGAGCCGGUCAUGAACGUGAUUAUCAGCGUCGACGAGGCGAGUCUCGGCUCCGUCGUGCAUGACAUUUCCUCCUCCCGCGGUGGCCAUAUUAUUUCGCUCGACGAGGAGGUGCCGUUGGCCGGUACGGACGCGGCGGGGACUUCUGAGUCUGCUCUUGAGGAAGAAGCGCCACCGCCAAUCGAUCCUAGUCGUGUUUAUGCGCCGCCGGAUCCGUUCGAGACGCCUUCUGUUGGGGAGGAGAUUCCUGCUGCUGCUAGUCGUCCACGCACGAUUAUUGCUAAGGUGCCGCUUAAGGAGAUGGUUGGGUAUCUCAGGCAUUUGCGAAGCUUGACUGCUGGUCGUGGCACUUUUGUUAUGACUGUUGAUCGGUUUGAGAAUAUGUCUGCUCAGAGACAGAAGGCUGUGCUUACGGAGUUGAGGGGCGGCUUUUGA